CGGUCUCUUCUUUAGGCAGGCCUUUGGCGAUCUGUCUAUUAAUCUGUGGCGUCGUAUGCCCCAACUUGCUCCGUUUUACUUCAAUGCGCUCGUAUUGGUCCAAUUCGAGGAGCGCAUCAAUACGACCGCAUUGGAGCAGAGCUGAUAUUCUCCAUCGCAUUCAACGGAAGAAAUUCCUAGGUAGCAAUCGACCGAUAUCUAGGAAUUUUCUCCAUCGAAUGCAUCUAGUGUAAAAAUAAACAGAAGUUUGGACUUUUGGAACCUUGACUAUUUUAUGCAAUAUUUGGAAGCAUUAUAUUUUUAGUGAAAGAAAAAUAAUAAUAAAAUAGAAUAAAGUAUGCCGAAAGUACGACGGAGCAAAAAACCACCUCCCGAUGGCUGGGAGUUGAUCGAGCCGACUCUAGAAGAACUGGAACAGAAAAUGCGCGAAGCUGAAACCGAACCGCACGAGGGCAAAAGGAAACAAGAAUCUCUGUGGCCGAUUUUUAAAAUUCAUCAUCAGAAAUCGCGUUAUAUAUACGAUCUAUUUUACAGAAGAAAAGCGAUAAGUCGCGAAUUGUACGAUUACUGUUUGAACGAAAAUAUUGCGGACAAGAAUCUGAUUGCCAAAUGGAAGAAGGUUGGCUAUGAAAACUUAUGUUGCCUGCGAUGCAUUCAGACAAGAGACACGAAUUUCGGUACAAAUUGCAUCUGCAGGGUGCCUAAGGGCAAACUCGAAGAAGGCCGAAUAGUAGAAUGCAUUCAUUGCGGUUGCAGAGGUUGUUCAGGUUGAAUGUUUCCUGCAUAUUCGAUAUUCACUCGCAGUACGUGAGCAUUUUUCCGAAAGGCUGAGAUCACAAUGUUUGCACCAGAGCGCAUUUUUGGCAGGCGCAUCAGUUUCUCGUCGCCAUCCAUGAAAAUCUUUCCACGACACGUGAUCAUCAACGAUGCCGUUCUUUUCAAGGUGUCAUCAUUGCCUUGCGGAUUGUAAACCAAUGCGAUACCCUCGUCGUCGUCUCCGUCUGGCGAAACUUCUAAGAACUGUAUCAUAAGUCAUCAUUAUUAUUAUUAUAGAUAAUUUACCCACGUACAGCACAUUCGGUAAAUAUAAAUGAUAAAAUUCUAUCGCGUGCAAUCACCUUGAAUUCGAUGAUGUGAUUCGCAUCGAACUGAGGACCUUCUGAGAAUAAUGUACUUAUAGUGUCUGUGAGUUUUGCGGUCGUUUUACCAUUAUUAGUGAUCAUGUAAUUUUUAUUCUCGAGUUCCCAGCCUGUAAUUGUAAAUGAUUUUUACAUUGUUACAUUAAUAAAUUAAUUAAUACAUAUUUCGCAAUUAAAUGAGAAACGAUUUCCAAA